AGUCUUAUAUUUUGUUAGUCACAUUUUGAAAGUUUUCAUUUUUAAAAAAUGAUAUUAACAUUUUUAUAAAAAUCUUGUUCAGUUGAAAAUUAGAAAAUAUAUUUUUUAAUAUUGUUUAAAUCAUCGUUUACAUCAGCAUAUAAUAUGUAUUUAUAUUACAUAUAUGUAUUAAAGGUCAAAUGUAUUGUAUUCAAAUAUUUUGUAAAACCCUUUCCUACAUCUCAGAUUAGCACCUGACGCAAAUCACGGCUUAGACCAUUCUUAUAUUGACUUUCUAUUAAAUGAGAGGAAAUGGUAUUUGUGAAUUUUAAGUGGUUAAAUAAAUAGAAGUCUCAUGCUUAACGAAGGCAAAAGAUACUCUAGCUUCUUAUAAAAACCACCGGAACUUUCUCUAGUACUAGUAUAUACCACGGUAAAAAUAGGCUUGAAACGGUCAAAUCCUGUUCCAUUUUUAUACUGAUUUCGAUUAGAGAAUACGCCUAGACAUGAUAAAUUUAAUUCUAUUAUGUAUUGUAUACAAUAUUAAAACAACAUAAUAAAGUACUCCAUAAAAGCGAUUAUUAGUGUGGUUAACUAAUAGUAGUCUAAUACGGCAUGCGAAAUAAAAAGACAUCCAACUACAACAUAACUUGUUGGCGAGUAGAAAACAACGUUUAAAUUUUAAAGCAAAGUUUGGAGCAAAAUAUAAGUUAGUAAUUGAGGUUUUAGUAUCUUAAACCAACGUUGAUAUGGAAAAUACAAAAAGAUAAAAAUCGUUUUGGAUUAUAAAGUAACCAUUUACACACAUUCAUAAAAAAUGAAAAAUCAAACUUUUGGCUUAGUUGACGCUUAUGAAAGGACAAGUUUUCAGCAAUGCGCUGGCGGCCGACGCUGAUCGGUCCGUACAGCUGGAUUUUGGUAUCAGCAGUGUUUUCGUAUAAUACCUAUACGGAAGCUUAUUUGUAAAUACACAACAAAAGCAAGCCAAAUGUUUCAUUAUGAAUUAUUCUUCGCCGGCCAGUUUGUCUCUCACAAGACGCUGAUUACAAUUUUCAAAACAUACAGUGAUAAAUAUACAUAAUUCAGUGGUUAUAGGAUCUAAUUAGUGAUAAAUAGACAUAAUUUAGUGGUUAUAGGAUAUAAUUAGUGAUAUAUAGACAUAAUUCAGUGGUUAUGUGAUCUAAUCAGUGAUAAAAUGCUUUUUUGUUGUACUUUUCAUUAAAUGGUAAGAAGUAUAUUUUAUUACAUUUUUUUUAGGUGUGAACUCAACAUUUUUUGUCGACCAAUCACGAAGCAACCUUACAUAAUCUACAAUACAAGCAUUUACUAGCCGAAGAAACAAAGACUAAUCAUAGUAUCGAACGUGAAAGAACAUCGUUUCAUGUGAAUCCACGUUUGUCCUACACACGCUCCCUUGCAAUGUACACCAAAACGAUCAAAGUCAGAACGUAAUAAUAUGUUUAUAUCGACAUAUCCGGUUCACCACGUGGAUCAGUGGAUGCGCCAACCUAGUCAAACCUUAUAUAUAUCCCUCUUCAUCGACUAACUUUCCAUAUCUCUUAAUUCAUUACAUUUAUUUUUCCUCUUUCCAACUAUUUCUAUUGUACACAUAACAAGAAUCUAGUCUUUUUUUUUUCGUCAAACAAGAAUCUAGUCUUAAUCGAGAAAACAAGGGUUUUUGUGGUGGAAGAUUAUUUUUCAUUUUAUAAAAUUUUAAAUGAGGCAGUUUGUAUUAUUUUUCCCGCUAUUAGCCCUCCUAGUCAUAAGCUUAGCCGGUACUGCGACGGUAGAGGCUGCGACGGGAUUGAACCCUCCAGUGAAACUGGUUUGGCAUUAUUACAAAGUUACUAACACUUGUGAUGAUGCAGAAACUUAUAUUAGACACCAAGUUGAAAAGUUUUAUAGGAACGACAGUAGCAUUGCUCCCAAGCUACUUCGUCUCCUCUAUUCCGAUUGUAUGGUUAAUGGAUGCGAUGCUUCGGUUCUUUUACAAGGGCCAAACUCAGAGAGGACGGCUCCACAGAAUCGAGGACUUGGAGGUUUUGUGAUAAUCGAUAAGAUAAAAAAGGUUCUUGAAACACGCUGUCCUGGUGUAGUUUCUUGCGCUGAUAUACUCAACCUUGCCACUAGAGAUGCUGUUCACAUGGCCGGAGCACCGUCUUAUCCUGUGCUUACAGGAAGAAGGGAUGGUGGUGUUUUAAAUGCAGACGCCGUGGAUCUACCGUCACCGUCCAUCUCAGUGGAGGAGUCAUUGGCAUAUUUCAAGUCCAAAGGUCUUGACGUUUUGGACAUGACUACUCUUCUAGGAGCACACUCGAUGGGGAAGACACAUUGCAGCCACAUAGUGAACAGGCUAUACAACUUCAAGAACACAGGAAAACCAGACCCGACCAUGAACACAACAUUGGUGUCAGAACUCCGAACCCGUUGUCCUCCAAGAACAAAAAAGGGCCAAACCGACCCACUCGUUUACCUAAACCCAGACUCAGGAUCGAGCAACAGAUUCAGCAACUCCUACUAUUCUCGUGUCUUGUCUCACAACGCUGUCUUGGGCGUGGACCAACAGUUGAUCUACAACGAUGACUCGAUGGAGAUCACGCAAGAGUUUGAUGCAAGUUUCGAAGAUUUUAGGAAGUCUUUUGCUUUGGCAAUGUCGAGGAUGGGGUCCAUCAAUGUGUUGACUGGUAAAACUGGAGAGAUUCGCCGUGAUUGCAGAGUUACCAACGCUAACUACGGGGCUUAAAAUAUACCUAUAUCGUAUUUUAUGUGUGUAUGUGAUUAUUAUACUAUAAUCUAAAUAUUUUAAUAAAUUCUAUCAUCGAUAAGGAUGGUGAACAAAUGACGGAGAUCCAAUUAUUUAAUUCAUCUCUUGUAAUAAUUAUAUAACUAAAGUUCUAUAAAAGAAAGAACUAUUAUAUUUUUCUUCUUAUAAAAACGGUGUUUAUAGAAAUCGAUCCUUGUUUUUGCCAUGAUUUUAU